CUCCCCUCUCGCUCUCUCUCUCUCACGCACUCGCUGGCUUGCUUUCCCUCUAUUCGCUUCUGGAUUUCCUGGUUGUUUGAUGCCGGUGCUCUCUCGCCCUUGGACUUCCCAUGGCCGCGAUCAAAGCCUUGCAGCAGUGGUGUAAGAGGCAGUGCGAGGGCUACAGCAAUGUGGAGAUCACCAACAUGACCACGUCGUGGCGGGACGGGCUGGCCUUUUGUGCCAUCCUGCACCACUUCAGACCGGACCUCAUAGAUUUCAAUUCGCUUAAGAAGGACGAUGUUUAUGAGAACAAUAAAUUGGCCUUCCGCGUGGCCGAGGAGGAGCUGGGCAUCCCCGCGCUGCUGGACGCCGAGGACAUGGUGGCGCUGAGAGUGCCGGACAGGCUGAGCAUCCUGACCUACCUCUCGCAGUACUACAACUUCUUCACCGGCCGCUCGCCCAUUGGUGGUUUGGCUCACAUUAAGAGAUCUGCCACUGAUUCGAGUGAGGAACCAGCGCAGAAGAGGCUGACUCCCGAGACCAAGCCCAAACACCCUAAGAGUACACGGCCACCCAAAAAUGAGCCGACCCUCCACGCUGCUCCAACCAGCCGGGUGGCAUUGGCGAGCAAAGUCCCAGCUCGUGAUGCAGAAGACUCAUCCACCAAAUCGGGGACCCUGUCCAGCAGCUGCGCCAUCUGCAAAAAGACUGUCCUGUUGGUUCAACGAUACUUCGUCGAUGGGAAACUUUACCACAGAAACUGCUUCAGAUGUAAGCAGUGUUCCAACACGCUCAUGGCUGGAGCCUACAAGAGCGGGUCCACACCUGGCACUUUCAUCUGCAUCAACCAUUCAGCCAGCAGCCAUGAGCGGGGCAGCCACAAUGGUGCUAGACCCUCCCAGCCACUGGGCAGCAAAGCCAAUGAGCCGGCCCCAUCUCCGUACAGACCUGCCUUCAGCCACGUGUCAAGCCCAGCCUCAGCGCUCUCCAACUCCAAACCGCCUGAGCGCCCCCCUGCAGCCGCGGGAACAAGGACCGCAUCGGCUGAGGGUACCCAGGCAGCGAAACAACGCUUCAUGAGCUCGGUGAUGCCAGAGAAGGGAUCUCCAGCCAGCCCUCGCCAGUCUCAGGAUCCCGUGCGGGGGUGGCGCAGUCCAGCUGAAACCACGGCCAUUCAACCUCGCUCAACUGGAGGCCAGGAACACACUGGUGUAGUGGUGAAAAAGCCCACUCCAACCACCGUGCCAGGCCCUGAUGCAAACAAAGACAAAGCCCGUGCCAUCCUCCAGAAGAAUCUGCCGUACGACAGCAACAACGAUCGCAACCAAAGUUCUACCUCAUCCUCAUCGGUCGGCACGGACAAGUCUCCAGACAAGCAGCCCACCAGCUACCGGGCGGCCAAGUCCAUAACGCUGAAUGUGAGCAGCCCGGGAAAUGGCCAUGAGGCAGCCAGGCCCUCAUUUGGCAGCAGGGGUAAGGAUUCAGGGCAAGGGCAGCAGGCCAAGGACUCCAAAUGGAGGCCGAUCUCCAGCUUUGAGCUCACACCGAGCCCCGCGGCCAGCAGAGGAGGUGGCAGUUCUGAGGCUGUGAACUCGCCCUCAACAACCCAAACGCGGUGGACUUCAUUGAACCGAUCCUCCAGCAUGAACGAAGCAGCAGCAACACCAACCACGAAGGCAGGCAGCAAAGGCAACAUCUACAGUCCGCAGAUCAUUACCAGGGCUCAGGAAGAGGAAACGCCAUCCGACUGGAGGUCAAAGCUCAGGCCUGUCAAGAAGCAACUCAGCCUUGGACCCUCAGAUGUUAAGCAAGUUCACAGUUCAUCUGUAAACUGGGACAUAAAGAAGCCAGCAGAAUCCGGCAAUGCGUUGAGUACUCCCAGCUCACUCAAGACCACAACCAGCAAUAUUUGGACUUCAGAUGCAACUCUGGGGAACACCAGCGCAGGUGGUGGGAAGACCGUUGAGGUGACUUUCUCUCUCCAAGUCCCAGAUAACGUCUCAAUCUCCACAUCCCCUGCCUCUCCCAGCAAGGGAUCAGGUCCAAAGGUUGGGUCUUCCCAGUCAACACAGGAGAAGAAAGUACUCAAACCAGGACCACAGCUGUUGGCUGGAGUAAAGGAUCCCUUCUGGUCUCCCAAUGCCUCUGACAAAGACAGCAGCAAAGUGAAGCCCUCUGAGAAGGAGGGAAGUGGCGCUCAAACUCCAGGGAUCGGACAUCGUUCAGCCUUGGAUCGGGUAACAGAGGAGCCUGUCGGCAAGCAGAGCUGGGUCCAAGGCAAAUCAAGCAUAGCGACAGCAAGAGCGGAUUUUUUUAAGAAUAGUUAUACGGAUGAGAAUGACAAGGAGAGCAACGACCCGGUCAAAUCCACAGCACCUUCACAAGAGGCUUCAUCCAAACACCGCAUAUCCGAGGUGGAGAUUCAAAGGGAAUUACAGAGUCUUGGGAAAGAGCUGGAUGCACUGGAACAGAAGGGGGUGGAGUUGGAGCCUCAGUUGCGGGACUGCGAAGGAGAUGAAAGAGAAGAUGAGUUGAUGGUGGAGUGGUUCAAGCUGAUCCAUGAGAAGCAACUGCUGUUUAGGAGGGAGUCUGAGCUCGUUUACAUAUCAAAGCAACAGAUUUUGGAGGAUCGCCAGUGUCUGAUCGACCAGGAACUACGAGUGUUGAUGGCAAAAACAGAGGACAAGAAAACAGAAGAAGAAAAGGCCCAUGAGGAGGAGCUGAUGGAAGAGCUGCUGAAAACGGUGGAGGACAGGAAUAACAUAAUCGACAGACUGGAUGAGGAUCGAGUGAGAGAAAUGGAAGAGGAUCAGAUGAUGGAAGCUAUGAUUAACAAGAUGGACAUCACCAAGGACACGGACUCUGACCUGAAGAAGAAAAAGCAAUUCAGCCCCUUCAAGCUCGUGAAGUGGCUCGGUGGCAAGUCAAAGUGAACGGAGCAGUGCGCUGACACAAAGAUGUCUUCAUAAAACUGCCGUGUACCCGCUUCUCACUCUCAGUGCCCACAUCCUGUUUAUCAGAUCAGAGAAUCAUACAGUAGGGAAAGCAGAACCUUUGGUCCACCAUGUAUGUACACUCUGUCCACGAGCUUCAGUCACUCAUUUACACUAAUCCCAUUUUAUUCUUCCCUCAACUCCAAUCCCCUCCCACCCAGAUUCUACCACUCAUCUGCUACUUAAUCUACCAACAUUCACUUCUUUGAGAUGUAUGAGGAAUAGAAGCACCUGGAAGAAACACACAUGGUCACAGAGACAUUGUGCAAAUUCAACACAUACAGCUCCAUAGCUCAGGAUUGAACCCAAGUCACUGGAGCUGUAAGAGGCUGCGACUGUACUGGCUAUGUCACUGGGUCAUAUGACAGUCACUGAGCAUUUGUAAUUGACAAAAAUCUAUGUUGCAGUGUUCAAAACAUUGUCCUCUGAGGCCCAACCAACAUUGGGGCAUUGAAAGACAUUCAAGUAGAUAAGAAGCAGUCGGGAGAUGUUGUCUUGGAUCCUCUCUGCUGAUCGGUCCAUUGGGUUAGUCAUAAAUGCCCAAAAGCGUUGGUAUUGUAAGAUGGGAGGGUUCUGAUGCUCUAAAUAAAUGAGCAGUCCCUCUUUCCUCCCAUUGAUUUUCUACUAUGUGUUCCACCACAUCUUCAGACUGUUCUCCAAAUACACCUGAGAUGUACGUUUGCUACUGAGAAUCAGAAACUCCCAGCUACAGGAAACUCUGGCGUGGUUGACAUUUCUCCCUAACCCCUCCUUCUUAAGAUGUGGCCAGCACCUUGCAUCUCGUCAAAGUUGACUUUGAGCUUUGUGGCAUCAGAUCCUUGGUCAGUGGAGCCAUUCAGCAUGGUGGAACUGGACUUGCGGUGUGCUGGGGUUGAAGAGCUUUCUUUCAAACAUCAUUGGAUCCCUUUGGUUCUGUAAUUCCAUUCAAGAGGAGGUCCCAGUAACCAUGCGACCUACUGUGCACUGUGGCAAAGAGCGUGUGAAAGCAAAAGUGUCAGGCACACCUUCGCAAUAGCUCUUCAGAAUUUAAUACCAGUAGUGAUAUGUUUGAUGUUGAGCUUUGCCAGAUUUUUUAUGAGCUACAUUGAGGAUUAUCUUAUCCCUAGGCACCAGCACACGAAACAGGAGAGGACCUUUGAUCCCGUUGAUGUUAAUUUGGUUGGAAUGAGUCAUUGAGUAAAUAGGCUGCUUUGUAUCGCUGGAUUUCUGCAAUUCUCUUUCAGUUCCUUUGUUUUUUAACCUUGGUGUAUAAUAUCCUGUAUUUCCUCUAUUGUACUGCCCAAGAGGUAUUCUGUAUUAAGAAACAUUCGCAUUUGUAUAGAACCUAAGACUACUUCAACAUGUCCUAAUAUGCUUUGCAAUCAGUGAAACAUCUGGUUAUUUUAUUAAAGAGCCCAAAUCUUGGCUGAAGAGAGAAGCUUUCACCAACAAACUACACAAAGUGAGAGAGGAGAGAUCAUUUCACGAAAGAAUCCAAAUGUUUUGGACCCAGAUGGUUGGAAUGAAUGUCUGCCAACGGAGGGAUGGAGGAGAUCAGGGUUCGAGUGAGCAACCUGCAGGAGGAGCACAAACAUUGCACAGUUGCGGGGCUGCAGGUGAUUCCAAAGCCAGGGAUGGGUCGAGCCAAGAGGGAAUUGAAUGUGCUAUUCGUUGGAGAUGGUCUACAACUAAAUGGUGUGCGAGAGGGAAUAUAGUUGUUUGAGCCAAGCUUUAAUUAGAUGGGGGCAAGCUCAUUCCAGGGGACCAUGGCAGUUUAUGGCCACGACGGCACGCGCUCGCUGUUGUGAGCAUUGUGACAAGGGGGAAGAACCUGCUGGGAUUAAAUCCCCUGUGAGGAGAAGGGCUUGGUCGGGGCCAGUUGCUGCCAACCUUAUGAGGGAGUAAUAGGGCCACAUCACUUAAGUGUCAGCAUUGUGACUAUGCAGAUUAAUUACUGAGAAAAGAUUGUGGUUCAUGACUGAGCAUUACGCAAAUAAAUAUAUUUUCAAAAUGA